ACCCUCUCUUUCCAAAAACCCAAACCCUUGGCGGCUGUGAGACCCGUUGUUCCCUCCUCUCUCUCACUCCUCUCGUCUUUCUCUCUCUAUCUAUCUCCUUUUGUUAGGGUUUCUCUCUCUCUCCCUCUCUGUUUCUUCCUAAAACCCCAGUUAAUUCAGUUUUCAGAUUUUAGGGUUUUAAUACCGAAGCAGAAGAAGAAGAAAAUAAUAAGAGAAGAUCUGAUUUUUACCAAGCUCCGGUCAUGGCCACAGUUGCUAAAGCAGAUCAAACAGCAGAUUUUCUUCAGAAGCUAUCAAUAGAUUCUCAAUCGAAGGGCGCGGAAAUUCCUGAGCCUACGAAGAAGCAAUCUGCUAACCAAUUCGGGUCUCUUGAUUCGGGCAAUGCUGUGAACGGUCAGAUCCCGCCGGCCGACCGGUCUGUGAGUCCUUUGUUACCGGACUUUAUGGACCCGUCGGUGUGCUAUGUCCCUAAUGGCUAUCCAUCUACGGCUUAUUACUAUGGAGGCUAUGAUGGUACUGGUAACGAGUGGGAUGACUACUCGCGCUAUAUGAAUCCAGAUGGAGUGGAGAUGACUUCUGGAGUUUAUGGGGAUAAUGGGUCUCUUAUGUAUCAUGGUUAUGGGUAUGCUCCUUAUGGCCCAUACUCACCGGCUGCUUCCCCAGUUCCUACUAUGGGAAAUGAUGGUCAGCUGUAUGGGCCGCAGCACUACCAGUAUCCGCCCUAUUUCCAGCCGCUUACUCCUAGUAGUGCGCCAUACACGCCUAGCGCUGCUGUUCCCCAAAGUGAUGUAUCCACUUCUGUUGCCACUGAUCAAAAGGCGCUGCCUUUGGAUGCAGCUAAUGGGAAUUCCAACGGUAUUGUAAACGGUGGUGGCGUGAAGGGAAUCAAUGGUUCAGCUCCUUUAAAACCAGCAUAUCAGAACUCGCCUUUUAAUUCAAAUGGUUCGUAUGCUAGGGCCCCUUUGCCAGGUUGUGUUUCUACUCCUGAUUUUCAGGAUCCAAGAUUUGGUUUUGAUGUUUUAUGUUCUUCGAAGCCAUGUUUAGAUACCUUGACUUUUUCAGAUUGGCAGCCUCGGCCUGUGACCAGCACAACUAUCACUUCAAUUGCAAAUGGCAACAAUCUUCCCUCUUUAAGGAAUCAGAAUUACCGGCCAAAUUCUCAGUUCAUGGGAUUGCACCACCCAAGACCAUUGUCUUCCAUGAGCCACGGGUAUGUGAAUAGAAUGUUCCCAAACAAGAUAUACGGCCAAUAUGGCAACCCGAUGAGAUCCAGUAUGGGAUUUGGAUAUCACGGCUACGACUCACGAGCAAGUGGACGUGCAUGGCUGGCUGUUGAUGGCAAGUAUAAGUCGAGGGGGAGAAAUGGUGGCUACUAUGGGUAUGGUAAUGAGAAUAUGGAUGGUUUGAAUGAGCUGAAUAGAGGGCCUAGAGCCAAGGGCUCCAAGAACCAAAAGGAUUUUGUACCUACAACAUUAGCAGUCAAGGGGCAGAAUCUACCAACGAACGCGAUUAAUGACAAGGAGAAGGAUAAGACGGCGGCGGUUAUUCCAGACCGAGAACAGUACAACAAGGCAGAUUUGCCUGAGGAAUACGCUGAUGCCAAAUUUUUCAUUAUUAAGUCUUACAGUGAAGAUGAUGUCCACAAGAGCAUCAAGUAUAAUGUAUGGGCAAGCACACCCAACGGAAACAAGAAACUUCACGCAGCCUACCAGGAGGCUCAGGAGAAAUCUGGUGGCUGCCCUGUAUUCCUUUUCUUCUCGGUUAAUACCAGUGGGCAGUUCGUUGGUCUAGCAGAGAUGGUCGGGCCUGUUGAUUUCAGCAAGAGCGUGGAGUACUGGCAGCAGGACAAGUGGAAUGGCUGCUUCCCUGUUAAGUGGCACAUUGUUAAGGAUGUUCCCAACAGUUUGUUGAAGCACAUUACGCUUGAGAACAAUGAGAACAAGCCCGUGACAAACAGUAGGGACACCCAAGAGGUCAAGAUUGAGCCAGGGCUUAAGCUGAUUAAAAUCUUCAAGGAGCACUCUAGCAAGACAUGCAUUCUGGAUGAUUUCGGGUUUUAUGAGACCCGCCAAAAGACAAUCCAAGAGAAGAAAGCUAAGCAACAGCAAUUUCAGAAGCAGGUGUGGGAAGGAAAGGCAGUUGAUGAGAAGAAGGAAGUGGCAAAUGGGGAGUUGAGCCAGAAACCCUUGGAGGCUGGAUCAGAUUUGAUCAAGGACCCUUUGCCAACCGUGCCUGCUAGCGACAACGGGAAAGUUGCUGAGAAUGGUACGGGUGCCGCAGCUGGUGAUGCCCCAAAGGGUGCUAAGCCAGUUGUGCCUGAGAAGAGAAUUGUGGCAAAUGGGAAUGUAAAUGGUUGCUAGUUUUGCUUUGCAAGAGCCGGGGGGGGGGGUCCUCGCUCGAAUGCGCGUUCAUGUUUCUACUUGUAUCAGAAGUCUUGCCGGUUGCCGAAAUACAUAUUUACCUACUAGAAGUUGAAGGGCAAGAUUCUGGCAAAUAUGUUUUCCGGGCAUUUAGGGGCUGCCUUGAUGAAAAAGAAGCUCAUCUCUUGCUCUGUUGGUGGAGGGUCAAUAAUUCAUUGAGGAAUAGAAAGUGGGUUUCAUGUAGAAUUUUCAAAGCAUCUUGGGCAGGCUAGGGUUUUCAUAAUCCAUGGUUUUUUUUUUUUUUUUUUUUUUCAUCUUUGGGUCCCUUUUUACUAAAAGCGGUUAGCUCCUAACAAGGUUUUGAGAUUUGCUAGGAUUUUGGGUUUUUAGGGUUUUUGUUUCCUUAGUUGGCUUUAUAUCCUUGUUAUCUUUUUUCUUCGUUUUUUUCUUUUUCAGUUUUCUUUUUGCCCCCCCCUCUUCUUCACUUGUUUGGCUAUUUUCCCGGCUUGUAAAUCUAGAUCUUUUUUCAUUGCGGGGCAGAUUUGCUUUUCUACUUUGUAAGAGAGCUGGAAGCAAGGUGGGAAUAUAUCACAAUAUAGUCAAAAAGUUUAUAUAUAUUUCCUUAUUAGUUA